AUGCCCAAACGUCCGCGUCCGCUCAUCGAGUACUGGCCUGGGUAUGGAAGGCUUCCGUUCUACUAUUCCCGCCCGGAUCUCCGGCCGCCACGACUGAACAUCCUCAUUGCUGACCGCGAGCGGGCCACACCGGGCUACAUUUUCGUCUCGCCCUCCUUCAGCAGCCAAUAUCGACCGGACUCUGGACCGUAUAUUUUUGAUACCAAUGGCACUCUGAUAUGGUCCGGAAUCAACGCCGCUGGAGGCGCAGACAGCACAGAUGUUCAUGGCCUGUACGUCUGCCAGUACCGUAACACCCCUCACCUAUGCUUCUGGCGAGGCCAACAGCGAGGAACCCACGGCGGCGGCAUGGGCGUGAUUAUGGACUCAUCCUACAAUAUCGUGCGCACCAUGUCUGCCUAUAAUCCAGCCGGCGUCGACUUCCACGAGUUCCUUUUGACAUCCGACAACACAGCCUUGAUCACCACAUACCCGCCGCGAUUCACCGAAGCGCUGUGGACCCUGGACUCGUGCUUUGAAGACAUUCCCCUCUUUACUGACGACAACCGAACCCCCUUCCAAUGGUGUGCAUCAGAGCACUUGGACUUUAACGAAAACCCCAGCCGCAAGGAGUUUAUCGCAGCUCACAAGGGCCAGACACCCGACCGGUCAUGGGAUCCUGUGCACCUGAACAGCGUGGAUAAGACAUCUACAGGUGACUACCUGAUCUCGGCGCGUCAUCUGGACUCAAUCAUGCUCGUCUCGCACCUUGACGGGAGCAUCAUCUGGCGUCUCGGAGGAGCGAAGUCUUCGUUCAAGCUGGACGGCUUCAACUUCACCCGGCAGCACGACGCAAGAUUCCUCUCAGACAUAAAUGGUUCCGGCAUGAUAAUAUCGCUAUUCAACAACAAUAAUGACGGUGCAACUCUCAAGAACAACCCAUCCAGAGCCAUGGUCGUGGUGCUAGACAUGCGAGACAUGUCCGCAAGACAGCUAUCCGAGUACGGCCGGGUCCCGGUAGGGGCAGCUGGGUUCAAUAUCACGGGGCAGGAAGAUAAGAGGUACAUCGAUUCCAACGGCAUGGGAAACGUUCAGCUGCUCCCCAACGGCCACGUCCUAGCCCACUUCGGCCGCCACGGCGCCAUCGCCGAGUACCCGCCCGAAGGCGACAGCAAUCCUGUCUUCUUUGCAAACUUGCUUCCGGCACAAUCUCCCUCCCCGCCAUCUGAGGCCCUCACAUGGAGCGCAAACAACUACCGCGCCUUUCUCUACCCGCUCAACAACACUGCCACCCCCAGUACUAACUCAAACACUACCGCCAUUACCCCAAUACAAUGGGAAGGCAAGCCAGCCACCCGCCCAGACCUCUGGACCUACGCCCGCACCCCGAACACCCUGAUGACCUUGUACGUCUCAUGGAACGGCGACACACGGACCGCAAGCUACAAAUUCCACGUUUCGCUGCUCAAGGUCUCGGAACAGACCACCACGCCACCCGACGAUGCAGACUUCCAGUGGGCCGGCACGUGGCCACGCACCGGCUUCGAGACCAACAUGACCAUUGGCGGGGCACGGCCGUGGGCAUUCGCCGAGGCGCUCGACGCAGAAGGCAGAUCACUGGCCAACAGCUCCAAGGUGCGCACGUAUGUCCCUGCCAAGGAGGACUGGGGCCGCUGCGGGAAGUGGCACUGUUUCCCUGAGGUAAUGACUGAUGCGGAUGUGCUUCCGCUUGUGGAGAGCCUUGGUGACAAGAAGGAGGGAUCGAUUGUAGCUGGUGCUGACGGCGGAAAGGGGCCGGUCGUUGCUGGCGAGAUCGGGCUCGGUGUGCUUGGGCUCGUGGAGCAUGUGUUUGCGCUGCUCGGGCUGGGGCUUUGUGCGUGGUGGGUCUGGAAGCGGGCUGCUUGUCGGGGCAGAGGCUGGCGGGCUUCGGCGAGGGGCUAUAAACCCGUUGGGAAGGAGGAGAGCGAGAUUGUGCUUUAG